AUGGUUUCAACAUCGCCUAUUCCCGUUGGAUCUAGCAUCUUCUUUUCCUUUACGCUUUUCACGAUCUCCGUCCUCGUCCUAUUACUGCUUCGACGUUUUUUAACGCUGCGGGCCACUCCGGCUUACCUGAUCACCCCCGUUUUUCUCGCCCUCGCGCUUCCUGCGAGUGUCGUGCUUCUGGUCCCCAUUGAUUUGGCAUCAAGCUCGCGCGAUGGGGAUGGACCUCGGGCGAUUUGGCUUCCCGAUCGGUUGAUUCUGGUGUCCUGGCGCAUUGCCUACUGGCUGAUUUUCGUGCUAACUUGGGCUAUCCUUCCGUUGCUCGGAGAAUACAUCGACUCGGGUUAUCGCGAUGCCAAGGGUCGCAUUCAGUAUUCGAUUCGAUCUAACGCCCGCUACCAAUUGCUUGUUCUGGGCUGUGCCCUGGUCGGGUUGAUCUACAUUUCCAUUCAGAAUGGCUUCGAAUUCCGAUCAAUCAAGGCGCUUGUCAUGGCCCUUGCUUAUGUCUGGGGUUUGGUUCUCGCCAUCUACUUAAUGGGCCACGGCCUCGUUUCGAUACCUCGCACCUUAUUCCGUAACGCCAGUGUCAGCGGUCGGCUACGGAGACUCCAGUCCCAUGCUCCACGACUGCAUGAUCGUCUUAUGGAUGCGGUCAAUGAACUCGAAAGUCUUGAGUCGCAGGUGAGACAGCUACAGCGUCGCAAAACCGGGUCUGCGCGCGAGUUCCAAGACUGGAUCGAAGAGCUGGGGGAGGGAUCCAGCUCUCCUGAAGCACAGGCUCUUCUCCAACCCGCAGAAGGGUCGGAUACGGUGCCAGCCGUCAUCACGGAACGCUACAUGGCCGACUUGACCCGGCGUCUCCAGCGCGCUCGACACCAGAAGGCUCGCUUUGUCGAUGAGUGGGAUCGCCUGGUGCUGACCGCGGCAGACUUGCAAGCAAUCAUCAAUUCUUCCGCGUCGAAGAAGUUGGAGUUUAAUCAUUCCACCAACCGCACGUCGUUCCUCCCCCGCGUGAAGCUCUUAACUCCUUAUCUGCGGUAUCAUGCCUAUGUCCACAUCAUCCCUAAUAUCCGGCUUUUACUGGGAGCGCUGUUCUCGGCGGCCUCCAUCUGUAUCGUCUGGUCCGAGUUGAUCAAGUCCAUAGCUCCCCGACUAUCGAUCGUGACACUCUCAGUAGUCUCGUACCACGAAACACCGGCACCUGUCAACUUUUGGAGGCAGGUGGCUGCUUCAGUAUGGCUGCUGUACAUGUGUUGGGCGGCACUGGUGGGAGUUAACGAUGCCAAAGUGUGGGGGAACCGGGCUUUGGUGCGGCGCAACACCUACGGCGAAAGUGCCUGCUGGUACGCCGGACUGGUCGCUCGACUCACGGUGCCCAUCGCCUACAACUUCCUGACUUUCCUUCCCGAGGUGGUCCGUAUUGAAACUACAUUCUAUAAACUCCUCGGCCAGUACAUCGACCUCACGCCUCUCGGGAAAGGCUUUGACUAUUUCUUCCCCGUCUUCAUUCUACUUCCCAUCUGCGCCACGCUGUUUAACCUCUACGGCCGCGUAAAGAAUGUCUGCGGAUUCGGCCUAUUGGAGGAGGACGAGGAAGACCUCGAGAACAACCCCGGGGGCUACGGCAUCGGGGGAUGGCGCGAAGGGCGUGACCUGAUCGACCGCGAGCUGAACGGCCUCGGAUCGCUCACUCUGUCCACCCGCAGUGGUCAGUCGCCCCGACCCACGAACCGCGUGGAGGAAGGCACUCGGGGGUUCUCGUCCUCGCGCACCUCCGGAAGCGAAGCGAUCCGCCCCUCUCGGUCUCCGCGAGGGACAGUCCCCGCGACGGCUGCCCUGGAAGAGAAUGAGGAGGAGGAGAACUUCUUCCAAUCAUUCGCGCAUCGGGUGCGGAACACCUUCGAAACGGCCAGUAAGCCGGAGUGGCUGCAAGGCGAUGCCUUUCGACUGCCAAGAUGGAUGGGCAACGAAGGCAACGAUGCCAACGGGGGCCUUGCGCGAUGGUUUGGAGGUCGACCCGAGCCUGGUGGAGUCAGACUUUAA